AUGAUUCAACCAAUUAAAUUACCAGUUGAUAUAUAUGUUCCUAUAAUUUUUAUAGAUAACAAUAAUGACGAUAUAUUAAUAGAUAGUCAUAGUGCAAACAAUGAAAGUGAAAUAUCUAAAGAUU